AUGUCAGACUCCACCGUGCCCAUCACUGAAGAAUCUGCAGUCCGCUCACAACGACAAACAGGGUUUUAUGUCUCCACCAUCCAUGGCUUCAUUCUGCUGAUGCUGCUGGUGGCACUGUCCGUGGGAGUGGGGGUAGUUGUCCACUUUGCUGGGAGUCAGGGAUUGGUGUGUCGGUGUGACAACACCCCCGAGAUCAGCACCCCCGAGGCCAUGACACAGAUGUGUAUUGACAUGACAAAGAAGGGCGCGGGAGAGAAAAUAUGUGAUGUGUGCUCCGAUGACUCCCCAGCAUCAACUCCUCCAUCUACACCAGCGUCGACAGACACUCCUCUGAACUACCGCCUCCCUAUAUCCACCCGACCGUAUCUCUACACCCUUGUUCUCUAUCCAAACAUAUAUGGCGAAAACAAAGACAACUUUGAUUUUCAAGGAAAUGUGAAAAUAGACACAGUUGCCGAAGACGCUUCUAUGACUAUAACAUUCCAUGCCCACCCUUCGCUAAAUAUCGAUAAUUCAAGCCUCCGAGUGUGGGAUGGGAACACAUCGUCUCUAGUGGGCGUGGCCGGUUCAUCCUAUGAAGCGGUGCGGGAGUUUUAUACACUGCACCUGGCGCAACGGCUGGUUGUGGGGCACCUCUACCAGAUUGACAUCAGUUUCGGGGCACCGUUGUCCGACUCAGGAACUGGACUUUACUUUGCCCAGUAUGAUGAGAAUGGUCAGACAGUCUACCUGGCGACAACCAAGUUCGAGGCUCCACACGCAAGGAAGGCGUUUCCCUGCUUUGACGAGCCUGCACUGAAAGCCCAGUUUGAUAUCACCCUGCUGAGAAGGGAGGGAGGGGGUAGGAAUUACACAGCCCUCUCCAACGCCCCACGCCUCAAGACUGAACCGGCUAGUAACGGGAUGGUUGCAGAGACAUUUGAGAGGACGGUGAUGAUGUCAACGUACCUCCUAGCGUUCAUCGUAUGCGACUACGAGUACUUGGAAGAUAUUGCAAGCGGUGUUACUUAUCGGACCUUUGCGAUGCCCAAGAAGAUUCAAUAUGCAGACAAGGCUCAGAUGCAUGGGAUCAAGAUGUUUAACAGAUUAUCCGAGUACUUCCAGCCUGCCUAUGUGUACGAUAAACUGGACAACAUCGUCAUCCCCGACUUCGUGGCUGGAGCUACGGAGAGUUGGGGUCUCAUCCCCUACAGGGAAGCUCUACUCUAUGAACCUGGGGUCUCCUCAGCCUCUGAUGAGAACUGGAUAGCGGAGGUCAUCGCCCACGAGAUUUCACAUAUGUGGUUCGGUAACCUGGUGUCGCCAAAGUGGUGGAGCUGGUUGUGGUUAAACGAAGGAUUUGCAUCCUUUCUUGACUACCACAUAGUUGCAGAGAUCUACCCAAGCUGGAAGAUGCUGGACAUCAAUGUUGCUGCAAGCACUCACGGUGUGAUGUCAUCCGACAGUCUGACGUCAUCGCAUCCCCUCACUGCUGACGUCAUGUCACCGGGAGAUAUCAGCUCUAUAUUUGACAGUGUCACAUACUCUAAGGGCGCCGCUAUCGUGCGUAUGAUGCACCUCGUGAUGGGGCAGGACUUGUUUAUUAAAGGAUUGAACCGCUACCUUGCAACAAAUGCCUUUGGUAAUGCUGAACACAACGACCUGUGGAAGGCCUUGACAGAGGAAGCCCAGGCCAACUCAGUAGAUCUGGACAUGACGGAAAUCAUGGACUCCUGGGUAACUCAGAUGAACUACCCUGUCGUCCAUGUUACUGUAGGAUCAGGAACGGUAACUCUAACACAGGAACGAUUUCUGUCUUCGGGUGGGGAAAAUCCCGACCAGGAUGCUGGAAAAUAUGGGUACAAGUGGACAAUUCCUAUCACUUACACAACAAGCGAUAACGUCAAGUUUACCAGCGCGCCCUCUGAUGUCCACUAUUUCAAGUACAGCGAGGACAGUCUGGAGCUGAACGUGGAUGUGCCGAACGGUGGAUGGAUCCUAGUGAAUAUUCAGGAGUGUGGUUUCUUCAGGGUCAACUACGACACCAAGAACUGGAAUAACAUCAUCAGCACUUUGUCAUCAAACCAUAAGAUGAUAGACCCAAUAAAUCGGGCGCAGAUUAUCAACGACGCUUGGAACUUAGCCAAGGCAGGGAUGUUGGAUCAGGUCACUGCACUCCGGACCGUCAAUUAUCUGAGCACAGAUCUAGAUUACGCUCCUUGGAGAGCCUUCAGCCGGGAACUUGGUUAUGUGGACGCUAUGUUGGAGCGUACCCAACUCUAUGGAAUGUUUGAGGACUUCAUGAAGAAGACCGUCAGCAUCCCUUUUACAGCACUUGGUACAAACAUCACCGAGGAUAUGGCGCCUAUCGAAAAGAUUGAAAUAUCGCAGAUGGUGUCGCUGGCAUGCAACUAUGACUACGAGGACUGCGUAGACACAGCUGUAAGACUGUUCUCCAUCUGGAUGGGGGAUCACACAAACAACCCGAUAUAUCCGGACCUGCGCAGUACCCUCUACUGCACAGCAGUUAGACACGGGAGUCAGGCACACUGGCAGUUUGUCUAUGAGAGAUAUCACACGGAGCAGACCAGCUCGGAGAAGGACAGACUGAGACAGGCUCUGUCCUGCACCAGAGAACCCUGGCUACUGCAGAGAGUGCUGGAAAUGUCCCUAAAUUCAAGUGAGGUCAAAGGCCAGGACGUGUUGUCCACUGUCACAUACGUGGCGAACAGCCGGUGGGGACGGGAGCUCGCCUGGAACUUUGUCAAGCAUCACUUUGCUCGCCUUGGUUCUGCAAUAACGACACGAUCCGGGCUCUACCGAGUAAUCCAAGACAUUUCUGAGAAGUAUAACACAGAACAAGAAUAUAAGAAGGUGGAGGACUUUAUGAACAGUGGCGAUGAUGUGUCCGAGGCUGGGACGGCGUUUAAGGAAGUUCUGGAUAGAACAACUACAAAUAUCAACUGGUUGACGAAGAAUUAUGUCGUAUUUGAGACAUGGCUCAAGUCCUAGACGAAAGAUGCAAACUCGCCUCGAAUGACUUUCUUUACAAUCGCUUGUGCUCUUUGUAAAUCACUGAACAUUGAAGCUCUUCUGCUACGAUUAAGUGAUCAAAGUGUAAAAUAAUUCAAUUUGUUUGUUUGUUGUGUAACGCCGCAGUCAGCGAUAUGAUGGCGGUCUGUAAAUAAUGGAGUCUGGAAAAGACAAUACAGUGAUUGAUGUCAUGAGCAUCGAUCCACGCAAUUGGGCAAAUUGUUUGCCAUUUUCAGGCAGUUUGUAAAUGGCCUGAUUCACUAAGGCAAUUCAAAAAUCGCCUAAAUAUUUCAAUCAUUAUAUUAAUUGGCUGUACAAUCUGUCCAUUUAUUUAAGAAGUUGAAAACAAUGAUAUCUUAUUGCAAUCGUUUCAAUUUUGAAUUUCAUCACCCAGAAACUGAAAAUGAUACGAUUAAAAGUAAACGAAGUCAAUGUAUUUUUAAAAUAUUUUUAUUUUCGUACAACAUUUUAAAAACAACACAUGAAUCCUUCAGGACGCCCACUGUAACACGAGUAGCAUGUUACGUUGAACAUAUUUUUCUCUCAUGUUCAUGAGCCGGUGGCCGUGAAUGUAUCACACUACUUGACUUGGAUACCGAUACUGCAUGCUGUAUUCAGUUUGAUUCAGAACCAUUGUGUUUGUAUUGAUGACAGAGCAUGCGAGGAAGGUCAGAACUCUGUACUGUGAUGGGUACCAUGCACUACAUGAACCGAAGGCUCUCAGGAGUUUGACAUAUUCAUUACGUGUACAACAACAUAAGCACUGUGCAACUGUGGAUAAUAAAGAAUAGUCAUGUCAGGCAUUGUGACGA